CCACACCAGAGAUUUGAGGUGAAAGGAUUAAGACUUAAAGCUCCAAGAAAGUUGCAUUCAUUUGGGAAAGAACUCUUUAUUUUCAUCAAGGAGAAGAACAAUAAGGUAGAAAAAAUUCAAUCACGGCUCAUGGGUCAGCCCUCUCCCUGAGACUUCCCCACCUUCCGUAAUGCCCUUCUUCAGCACUGCCACUCCUCUCCUCCACCUACUGCUCUGCGCUCUGGUGGCCGACCUGCCUUUGGCUCACAUCGCCUACGGCAACUCCAUCUACCACUCCUGGAGCCAGGACGCUCAGCCCUGCAGCUCAUCCUCAGUGUCCGACUGCAGAUGCAAGAACUUCCAGCUCUCCACGGCGCACUGGCCCCUGACUCAAUCCACUCCAUUUUUCCAGAGAAAACAUUUAACCGUUUGGUUCUCGUCGCCAUCCACUGUGAUGCGACUGUUGAACAACUCCGAGGUGAGACAUCUCACGCUCAUCCACUGCGGACCUCCAGGAGAGCCCAGGGGAGCAGCCUCUUUCACUCAGGAGGGGUAUUUUGCGGUGCAACGCCUGGAGAGGCUGACGCUGGUGAAUGCACCGGAGAGGCCGUUUCAUCCCUGCACUGAUGCAAACUGUGCCAAGAGCACAAACGCUAACCAAGACAGAGAUAACAGCUUUACAUUUGACUCUAACAAACCCAACAAAGACACCAAAGUGGACCUUAUAGCUGAGUCAAUGAAGAGUUCUUUGACAGCUUCUUCACCUCAGAUCCAAGACAUCUUCCUGGGCAGGGAGCUGGGAGCAGCACAUCACGAACAGGCCCGACUGGGAAUCAUCCACAGUUCUGUUCUGGACUGGGGAGCAGAGAUCAAAACCUACACGGUUCUAACUCAUAUAGACAGUGACGGAACGCUGCCUUUCCCCGACCUUCACCUGGCUAAACUCCCUGAGGCGUCGGUUAUUUAUGUCAGCUUUGUGUACUGAGAGGAGAGCUAUUUUAAGGGAGGUAAAGGAUCCACUGACGACAUUUUAAAAGCCUCUAUUUGAAUUUAUAGUUUGGCUUCAGAAAUUUUUCUGUAGUAGAUGGAAAUAAAGGAUAAGUUGUCUCAUAAGGCUCCCUUGUUCCCAGACAUCUACAGACAUCCUAGUUCAAUAAUAAAAUAUUCUAUUAAUCCAAAAGGGAAAUUACAUGUUUUAAGUCAUGUAAAAUGGAUUUAUUCAACUAGCUGUAGAAGUUGAUGGCUGUCUUUCUUGUAAAAAAUAGUUCACGUAAGGAUUAAUGUGUGGGAAACAGUUUGCUGACUGUGGACUAUAGUUUAAAGUCUAUAUGAACUCUACCUUUUUCUUCCAAAUGACAACUGAAACAUUUUAAAGGGGGAGGUGAAAAAGAACUGCUUGAAAUACAGGGACCUUUGAAUGAAAUAGCAACCAUACAGCAUAAAAAACCCCCAUAAAACACCAUAAAAACCCGAAAACCAGAUCAGUCUUAUUUUAAGGUCAACUCACGCCCAAGACCUAAAUCCUUUUAUAAAAUGUGUUGGUUUAACUGAAGAUAGACUCCAAUAGGGCUCUAUGUGUUAAUUCAAACUCAUAUAAGAGUUAGAAAUUGACAAAACAUUUAUUUUUCAUGUAAGAUAUUGCUACAGCAAUGAAAGAGGAAUCAAUUUUCAGACUUGUUACUCAUCUGGACAAUGUUGUAAACAUUUGUGUCACGUAUUUAGGUUUCAGUUUGAGUUAUUUCUUUUUGUUUUGUUGUAAAGCCCAAAACUUGGCAGUAAAUCAUGUAGACAAUGGAAAAAAACACAGCUCAGAUUACCACAUGUCUUUUGUUUCCUGCUCUUGUUUAUACUGACCUGAUAGAGCGACAACUAAAAGUGUUAGAUUAAUUCAUCAAUUUGCAUUUGUGUGGUUUCAGCAUACAGUGCCUCACAGAUGUAGUUUCCUGUUUAUUUAAACCCCCUGACAAUACUGGCUGGGUUUAUUGUUCUGCACAUGAUCAUUAUGCAAUUUCAGGCUGGGUCUCUUAUCCAAGAAAAAAAGGAGAACUUGAUGCCAAGAAGUAUUGUCAUAUGAUGUUAGUGCAACAUAAAUAUCUCCAAGUUCAGCUUUGACAUUUUAAAUCUCCAUCUUAUUUUCCUUUUUUCUCCUCACAUUUCUCAAGGGUUGGAGAUUUGUUUGCAAUGGCCUGAUAAAGAUGUACUUCAAUCUUUGAACCACAAGGUGGCAGCAGAUAUGUUUGAGAAAUUACGUAGAGGUUAAUGACAUAAGGACUUUUCCCCUGCAUGCAGUUGAAAUAAAAAAUGUAACUUAAGCAUUUCACUUGAUAAAGCCUAAUUGACAAGGGUUUGGUUAUAUUAAUUUGUUGUGUUCAUCUGGAAAUGUUUCAACAAUAAGCUUGCAGUCUGGUAGCCUAUUUGCAUGGGGAGAACAUAUUGUUCCAUUUCAAGUUAAUAUUUUUAACUUCAAACAUCAGUUUGAUACUGGAUUUUCAAAAACGAUGUUUGCAUUCAAUGCUGCCACAUACAUAUGUUUUGUAUUUUUUAAAGAAAUUUUAAAGUGCUUUGCAUCAUCUGUAGAUAAAAAAAA